GCCGCACUAGGCGCGCGGUCGGCCUGACGACUCAGAAGUAGAGCCGCCGCCUGAUAACGUGCUAAACAGGCGCAGAGCGGCGACUUGAUUCCUGCAGCCCUGACCUUGGGCCUGAGGGAGCCUCUGAAGCACUGAAGCAGGAUGGAGCUGCCGGUGGAGCCGUGGAAGCUGCACCUCCUUCAGAAGUGGUCCCUGCUGCCGGCGCCCGUCCAGGGGACCAUCUCCACAGCAGAAACCCUGAGUGACAUCUUUCUCCUGUGCUACUCACAUCUUCAACCUGAGGAUGAACUGUUUUUAAAAAGCCUUUCUGAAGGCUACUUAGUGGGAAAGGAUCCCAAAGCUCCCCUUUUCUAUAGAAAAGAAGGAAACAGAAAAUUUGAAGAGAAAGAUUUUGCCGGAGCUGCAGUGCUGUACUCUAAGGGAGUGUCUCACGCGGGGCCCCACACUGAGGACAUGGCACUGUGCUAUGGCAAUCGCUCUGCAGCCCUCUUCCACCUGGGUCAGUUUGAAGCAUGUCUUGCAGACAUCAGCAGAGCAGAGCUGCACAGAUACCCAGAAAGACUGCUGCCCAAGAUGCUGCUGCGUAAGGCCGAGUGUCUGUUGGCCCUGGGGAGACUGCAAGAGGCAAGCCUGACCAUCGCUGCCCUUGAAAGUCACCUCGCUGCCCAGCCAAACCUAGCGCCUUCCUGCCGUCGGGCUGUGCAGAGCGAUCUGUAUGGUCUGAAACUGAGGGUCCGAAACUGGGAGACCUUCCCAGAAACCGCCCCAGCAGCCCCGGCCCGCGCUGUGGAAGACACAGAGCUCCUGGAACAGAGCAAGCAGCUGCCCGGCGCAUCGUCGUCCGUCCGCCUGGACAUAGACCCUGUGAAAGGCCGCUGCUUGGUGGCCACAAGAGACAUCCUCCCAGGAGAGCUCCUGCUGAAGGAGGACGCCUUUGUUAGUGUCUUGAUUCCCGGAGAAGAGCCACCCCUACGCUGCGGCCUGGGAAGCAGGUGGGAUGCCGGCAUUUCCACUGGGGACCUGUACUGUCACCAGUGCUUGAAGCCCACUCUGGCCACAGUGCCCUGCCCUGUGUGCAGCUAUGCCAAGUACUGCAGCCCCAGGUGCCUGCAGCAAGCCUGGGAGCAGCACCACAGCACCGAAUGUCCUCUCGGGGCGCUACUGCACACGCUUGGCAUCUUCUGCCACACCGCCCUGAGAAUGACACUGGUGGCCAGAUUCCAGGACGCUGGCCUGAUCUCAAAGAAACUUUGCCAUGAGAUGAGUAACAGGGACGUCUGUGUGUCUGAAAGCAAGCAUCCCAUCAAAUCAUUCAGGUGCGACCCAGGAGACAGUGAAAAAGAUGACACCGCGAUUGAGACCCCCAUUCCAGGGUGCGAUGUUGACGGGAAGUAUGAAAACAAUUACAACGCCGUCUUCAGCCUCUUGCCCCACACGCACAGCCACAGCCCCGAACACAAGUUCCUGUGUGCGCUCAGUGUGGCUGCGCUGUGCAGACAGCUCCAGGCAGCCAGCUCGCAGGCCCUGUUCCCGGGGGGCCUGAUGUCCCCACGGACAGCGGCAGCAGCCCCUCAGGAGCCGUGCCCAGAUUGGCACAUUUGGGGCGUGGCCAUGCUGCGGCACAUGCUCCAGCUGCAGUGCAAUGCCCAGGCCGUGACUGCCAUCCAGCAGACAGACUCGAAGGAGUCCCUCAUCACCAGCAGCAGUCAAGUGCGCCUUGCCACAGGCAUCUUCCCUGUGCUUAGCCUCCUGAACCACUCCUGCAGCCCCAACACCAGCGUGUCCUUUGUUGGCACUGUUGCCACUGUCCGGGCAUCACAGCAUAUCAGCCAAGGGCAAGAGAUUCUGCACUGCUACGGCCCUCACGUGAGCCACUUGGACGUCGCUGCGAGGCAGCAGAAGCUGAAGUCGCAGUAUUUCUUUGACUGCAGCUGUCCAGCUUGCUGCUCCGAGGCACGGCCCACCGCUGCAGGGCCCAGGUGGGCAGCCUUCUGCUGCAGCAGUUGCAGAGCACUCCUGCAGGGCGAUGCCGUGCUGCACUGUGGCAGUGGGUCCUGUCCGGAAGCCGUCAGCAGGGAUUGUCUGGCCUCGCGGCUGAGGGACCUGAAACGCCAGAUCGCUGCGGCUCUGAAGCUUCUCAGAAGUGGUAAACUAAAGGAAGCGGUUCAGCAGCUACAGGGAUGCCAGCGCUCUGCGGAGAGCUUCCUAUGGGUGGAGCACAGCCUGCUGGGAGAGAUCGCAGACUACCUAGCCCAGGCCUACGCAACCUUAGCGGACUGGCAGAAAGCAGCCGCCCACCUUCGGAAGAGUCUUGCGGUGGUUGAGGCCCGCUACGGCGCAUCCAGCAUUGAAAUGGGCCGUGAACUCUUCAAGCUGGCCCAGAUCCUGUUCAACGGGAUGGAAAUCCAUGAAGCACUGAGCACAAUCGAGAAGGCGGAGGGGGUCCUGUCGGUGCACUGUGGCCCCUGCAGCGACGAGGUCCGGGAGCUCCGCCAGAUGCACUCCUGCUUACUGGACUUGAUGCCCGGCCCCAUGGGGCCUUCUCUGUAGGGUCCCAGCCCAAGGAAGGCAAGUUAAAGAGGCUCUGGGGCCGCCAAGCCCAGCCAGGGAAGACGGGACUCGCCUGGCAGCCCCAAAUCCAGUACAUGGUACUGCAGGGCCAGGCACUCACCUAUUUUAUUUUUGCAUCUUUUUUUUUAAUUUGUAUU